CAAAAUCAGCUGGCCAUGUAAACAUUCAGUUGUGGUUUUCCCAUGUUUGCGUUCAGAUUGCGAAAAAAGUUUCCUUGAUUUUCCAUCAUAAAAUCAUGAAAAAAAUUAAUUGAAUCUUGAAAUUUUUAAGUGUUAUUGUGUAAUGAAUAAAUAGUCUAUCAAAUAAGUGCUUUAUUAGAUAAAUUCAUUAAUUAUUUCAAAGAAAAAAUUACAAAUUUCUUUUGGUCAUCAUGCAGCAAAAAAUGAAGAGUUCACAAGUGAGACAGAAUGGACGUAUGUUGGCAAUGGUUCCCCCUCGUGAUUUUCAUUAUUUUCUCCCAAGUUACGAGAACACAUGAAGUUAAGGAUAUCAAAGAUAAAGAAGAAUCUCCAUCAGUAAUAAUUUCUGAGGCGAAUACAGAUGGGUCAAAACCACAUUCUAGACAAAAGAGAGUCAUUUGGAUAACUGAUGAUGGACGUUUAGCUUUGCCUCCAGGCACAUCCUUAACCAUCUCACCUACAAUUGCAAUGCCCCUGAUUCGAUAUCCUCCUCCAGGAUUUUUCUCCAACAUCACAGUCAGUUUACCCCUUACCAUUGAUUUCGACAGACUUGGACUCACUGACAAUGAGAAUCCUCUUGGAGUGUUGCCCAAUAUUUUUGCCAGAUCAAUGGGAAGGGCCACAGGGAUGCUACUUUCAAAUUAUAUUUCUUCAUACAUGAAGGGACGUAAGAAAAGACAAACUGACGCAACUGAUGACAAAUCCUCACCUUUUAGGAUCAAAAUGACCAAAACUGAGGAUGGACAGGAUGAAGAGUCUCCGCCAGUUCUUCCGGAAAGGCAUAAAUUUGCUUUUCACGGGGGAGAAAGGGCUUUGCUCUAUGUGGCUGUUGAGGAUUUACUUAGCACUUUUGGGAUGGAUGGGAAGGCAUGUAUGCUGAGGGCAAUCUGCGAAGUUCACUCACGGAAACUCCACCAUUUUGGGCUCUUCGGAGAGGUUCUGAAGCUAUUCCUUACAGCUUCGAAGAGCCCCUUUUCAGAUCUCCUUGAAGAAUAUGUAACAGCUGAGAGAAUUGGGGAAGGUGUCCUGGGGCCAGGAGAAUGCUUUCCCUACUUCAAGAAGUGCCCCAAAAGUCUCUUCAGGAGUAGUAUAGAUCACAAAUACCAAAACUAUAAGGAGGAAACCAGUGAAGAAAAUGAUAUUCACUCACACGAUUUUAGUCAAUUCAUGUAACACUGUGUAGUUGAUAUCAGUUCUAAAAAAAGAUGAAAGAAACUGUGUUUGCACUGAGGCCAUAUUGGCUGAUGCACAUUAUAAUAGUCGAGAUCGAAGGCCAUCAAUCGUUUUGUACAUUUCACUCCUUAAUUUAUUACUAGACAUCUUCAUUUUUGAGAAAUAAAGAGAUUUAGCGUGGAAAAAA